AGAAGAAGAAUAAAAGUAAAAGUGGCAUGUUCCUUUAUUCACAGGGCCCUGUUUUUAAAUAUUGUUACAAAGGGAAAUGUUUUCCUUUGUUUUGUUUUGUUAGAUAUGAUUCUACAACUGGAAACUGUAGGUUGUUGUACCUGAAGUAACACUGUGAGGCUGCAGUGUGAGAACAGCAGGUCUAUUUUCUGGAACAACUGUUGGUUCUUAGAUGUAGAAAUAAAUUAUCUCAGUUUGUCAACCACUGAGAUAAUUAGUUUCUAAAUCACAAGAUUAAACAAAAGUUGAUAAAUAAAUGCAUUUUACACUGUGUACAGCUUGUGGCCUUUGCAUGCGAGCCAGUUCUCAUCAUAAACACCAGACCCCUCUGUGUCUCUGCCCAUCUAUCUCUGUUCUCACACCAGUGUGUGCGCGCGUGUGUGUGUGUGUGCGUGUCAUCUGUUGAUGACUGCACUUCUAUGGGAUUAGUGGCCACAUGACAACACUGGGCUGACCGCCUGGUGAGCCUUUCAUUUGGCUUCACUUGCAGAGGCGGUCUGUGUGCUGUCCAACAGUUUACUGGGAGCUAGAGAUUUCCAAACUUCAUUCCUGUGGAUCUGUAAAUGAAGUUUAUGCCGGACAGACUGGGAGCUCGCUUGUGAUGGCGCAGGACAUUACCAGUUUAUCUGGAGAGGACUUCUUUGAUGGGAAAUCACCCUGUUGUUCAGACACAGACGCGUUGAGUCAAGGAGACAAAGAAUACGAUGACAUUUUGGAGCUUAAUCAGUUUGACGGACUGCCUUAUUCCUCCAGAUUUUACAAACUGUUGAAAGAAAGGAAAGAUCUGCCAGUGUGGAAAGCAAAGUCUGAAUUCAUGGACACUUUGGCCAAAGGACAGUUUGUUAUUGUCAGUGGCUCUGCCAAAACUGGAAGGAGCUCUCAAAUUCCCGAGUGGUGCGCCGAAUUCUGCCUGUCAGUACGGUUCCAGCAUGGUACGGUGGUUUGUACCCAGAUUCAUGCGCAGCAGGCUGUAGAUCUCGCCUUGAGAGUGGCUGAUGAGAUGGAUGUCAACAUUGGCCACGAAGUCGGAUACAGCAUCCCUCUGGAAACAUGCUGCGCUCAUGACACAGUUCUCAGGUACUGUACAGAUGACAUGCUCUUGAGGGAGAUGAUGUCAGACCCUUUGCUGGAGCGCUACGGUGUGGUGGUGGUGGACCAGGCCCACCAGAGGACCGUGGCUACUGAUGUACUCCAAGGUCUGCUGAAGGACAUCGCCCUACAGAGGCCGGAGCUCCGUGUGGUCCUCCUCACCGCAGUUGAUCCCGGCCCCAAGCAGCUGGUCCACUUUACCGGGUCCACGGUGCCUCUCAUCCACCUGGAGAGCCCGGCCGCAGGGGAGGUGGUGCACAGCAGCACAGGUGACAGCUAUUUCUGUGCCGCGCUCCGUCUGGUGCUGGAGAUCCACCGCUCUGAAGAGGGAGGGGACGUGGUGGUGUUUCUGGUGACGACACAGGAGAUAGAUCUGGCCCUUGACAUCCUGCGUCAUGAGGGCCACAGCUUACCCCCUGAUCUGGGAGAGCUCCUGCCUGUCGCUGUACACCCCGGCCAGCCUGGGACUCUACCAACCAUGGGGGAGGAGGAGACGGGCCGCACCAGGAGAGUAUUCCUCACAUCCAGCCCAAAUGAAGACUUCUUCUGGGCUGUCAGCUCAAUAAGCUUUGUCAUCGAUGCAGGACUGGAGAAAAGAUAUGUUUACAACCCCAGGAUCAGGACAAAUUCAGUCAUCAUUCAGCCAAUCAGUGCAGGCCAAGCCAAGAGUCGCAAACAGCUGGCAGGUCCAACAGGCAAGUGUUUCUGUCUGUAUCCUGAGGACAGACAGCUUCCUGUCGAGAUACGCCCGCACAUUGCAGAGUCUGACACCACUUCCACCGUGCUCUUUUUGAAGAGGAUGGAGAUCGCAGGACUGGGUCACUGUGACUUCAUCGACAGGCCAGAUCCUGAAGGCCUGAUGCAGGCUCUAGAGGAACUGGACUACCUGGCGGCUCUGGAUAAUGAUGGCAACCUGUCUGAGAUGGGCAUCAUCAUGUCUGAGUUCCCCUUGGAGCCCCAAAUGGCCAAAACAUUGCUCGCGUCCUGCGAGUUCGACUGUGUCAGCGAGGUGGUCAUCAUUGCUGCCAUGCUAACAGCUCCAACUUGCCUCAUGAUUCCCUCAGUGGACUUGAAGCCAGAGGCGGCUCAGUGCCACAUGAAGUUCCAGCACCCAGAGGGAGACCACUUCACCCUUAUCAAUAUUUACAAGGCGUUUAAACAGUGCCAGCAGGACCCAUACUGUAAUGUGGAGAAGUGGUGUCAGGAUUUCUACCUAAACCACACUGCUCUGUUGAUGGCUGACGCUCUUCGUACUGAGUUGAGCGACACUCUGAAGAGGAUCGAGCUGCCCGUGUCGGUGCCCGCCUUCGGUUCCCGAACCAACACCAUCAACAUUAAGAGAGCCCUGCUGGCAGGUUUCUUCAUGCAGGUGGCGCGGGAUGUGGACGGAUCAGGGAACUACUUCAUUUUGACCCACAAGCAUGUGGCACAGAUCCAUCCUCUGUCUGGUUACGGUGCCAAGAGCCCCAAACUGCGCCUGCCAGAGUGGGUGCUGUUCCAUGAGCACUCCUUCUCUGAGGACAACUGCCUCCGCACCAUCACCCACAUAACACCAGAGGAGUUCAUUCAGAUGGCACCACAGUAUUUCUUCUACAAUCUACCGCCUAGUGAGAGCAAAGACAUCCUCCAGAACAUAUUGAACGGCUCAGCGCCUCACUGCCAAGAGAAGAAACCUCCGACCUCCAAAGAGGAACCCCAAGAAGAUCAGACUUAUGACCGCUGCGUCGUACAGUGACUGUUCCACUGUUCCCAGUGGUGGUGAUGAAAUUAGGAGUUAUUGCACUACAUUGUACAGAAACACAUUGUCUGCAUAGUUGUAUAAUUUAUCACUUAACUGAAAGUGUUUUUUCAGUAGUUGUUUCCUUUGA